UUCUCAAAGAGAGUAAUAAGAAAAAUAACAAUAGUAAGACAUCAUUCAAUGGAAAGUGGAUGAUUUCGGAAAUAAAUCCUGUGCUGUGAAAAAUCAUCUCGCUCUGCAGUGAUUUCGGUGGCGGAAAAGAGGGUGUCUAGGUGUCGUGCCAGCAAAAUCAGUAAACGAGUUGCGAGAAAGGAAGGCCAAGAGUCGAUUUUCGUACACAACGACGACGACGACGAUGACGAAGAUGGCAACAAUAGCAGUGGCGUAAAGUAUCGAAAUUACCAAUAGGCCAGUGUAAUACGCAACUCGUGUGUUGAAAAAGGGCCACCUUACAAAGUGCCACAGUGGAACAUUGAUAUGUAGGACUGUUAUUUACGUGUCUCGUUAUUACUGCUGGCAUCGCGUAGGCACCGAGUAGUGGCGAAGCGCACGUUAAGCGGACAGCUUUUGGGACGAAGUUUGGUGGUGGUUGCUGCUGUUUCUUUGUUGUCUGUAUUAUGUGUGCUGCAAAAAGGUAGCGAAACGUUAAGAAGAAAGCAUAAAUAACACAUCGAUGAGUGAAGGAGAGGCAGGCGAACACGCUGGUGCAAGUGUGUGUUGUUUUGCGACUGUUGCUACAGCUUGAGAAGGGAACCGCCACUCCAUUCGUUCCACCACACGUUCCACCCAUUCGAACCACCGCUACGCAGUUUCCAUUUCCCUUCACGCACGGAAAAACGACGGGCUCAUUUACUGUUCGGAGUAAAAACAAAUCCCAAACCAUCUGAACCUUCUUGCGAGAGAGUGGAUCUGAAGCACGUCAAAACAAAGCAAGCUGUUAGUGUAGUGUUUUUGCUGUUGUUGCUCCUUUGCCUGGAAACGCCGAGACAACACGAUGGAAUCCUGUGCCGCCGUCGAGAAAGAGGUGGAGAAAGUGAUCAACAAAUUUUCCGCUAUUAACGACCACUCGCAGCGUAUUAUCGGCGAUGUGAUUUCGCUCAUCGAGAAGCUUCGGUCAUCAAUCUCGGAAGGCAACCCGGACAAUAAGGUUACGGCCGGACAGGUGGAUGUGCUGAACGAGGCUCUCACGAAGACAAAGGACAAAUUGCAGCGUCUCACGACGGAACAUCGCGAUCUGCACGGCACCGUCAGCAAGGUGGGCAAAGCGAUCGACCGUAACUUUGUGGCCGACUUUACGGCCACCUCGCGCACGGACGUGUUCCAGACGGAGCGGAAUGUGAUGCUGUUGAACAAAAUCAUGGCCCAGCACUUCUACCGCCAGGGCAUGGACGAUGUGGCCGACGCGCUAAUAAAGGAGUCGGGCCUGCCGGCGGAAGACAUUGUGCCGGAACCGUACGCCGAGCUGCACCGCAUCUGGGAAGCGAUACAUACGGGCAACCUGGCGCCCGCACUCGACUGGGCCGGGCGCUAUUCGGCCGAGCUGGAUGCGCGCAACAGCACGCUGGAAUUUAAGCUGCACCGCUUGGCGUUCAUGCAAAUACUGAACGGCGGUGUGCAGGCGCAAACGGAAGCGAUUGCGUACGCACGGACCAACUUUGCCAAGUUUGUGCGGCGCUUCGAGAAGGACAUCCAGAUCCUGAUGGGGACGCUCAUCUACCUGCAGAUUGGGAUACACAACUCACCGUACAAGUACCUCACCGCGCCCGAAAUGUGGAUCGAGACGGCGGACGUCUUUCUGAAGGAUGCCUGCCAACUGCUGGGCAUCAACAAGGAUUCGCCACUGUCCGUGAUUGUUAAUGCGGGCUGUACCGCACUGCCGGCAUUGCUUAAUCUCAAGCAGGUGAUGAUGUCGCGCCAGGUGACGGGCAUUUGGAACGGUCGUGAUGAGCUGCCUAUUGAGAUCGACUUAGAGCCAGAGAACCGGUUUCACUCCAUCUUUGCGUGUCCGAUUCUGCGACAGCAGAGUUCCGAAGACAAUCCGCCAAUGAAGCUGCUCUGCGGUCACGUCAUAUCACGCGAUGCCCUGAACAAACUUAGCAAUGGACCGAUAAUGAACAAUUCUUUCAGAUUAAAGUGUCCCUACUGUCCCAUGGAGCAGUGCCCAUCGGAUGCCAAGCUGAUUUACUUCUGAGCCUGCUUUGCACACGCCGUUGGUGCAUAUUUCUGUUUCCUGUGUGUUAUCUUCUCACCCCUUCCCCCGCCCCAGCUGGCACCAUUUAUCCGAUGGCUGCACGAUCGUGAGAUGCAUGGUGUGUACACCCCGCAAGUUGGCGUUAUCGUCGUUGUUCGGGGAUUUGAUUCCGAUUGGCGGAUCGACCUCUCGUAAAGCGGCUAGGACGUCGUAGAAGAAAAUGAUCGGAAGCGAAAGGCGUUUUUCUCUCCAGUGAGAAUAAUGAUCAAGGCAAUUAGGAUCGAAGAGAUCGAAGCGAUGGAUAUGUUAAGAUGCAAUGAUAUGCAUAUAUGCUGAAUAGUUACGUUUUAAAAGGAGGGAACUUUAGCAAACACUUUACGAACGCUUGAGAAAAUUGUUCGCAUUUUCGAUGGGAAAGUGUGGAGUAGAAAAGGUAAAGAUUGAUUAGAUACGAUUGGCUAGGAACUCUUCCACUUUCGUAUAGCUUUUUUUUGUUUGUUUCUUAUUGGUGGUGUGUACCUUGGAUUGUGAGCUGUGUUUCUGUUUUUGUGUUCAAUUAUUGUCGCUCAUUACACUCGGCUAGGAGGAGAGAAGGCUCCGUUGCCCUUAUGAGUGAAUUGAUGUUUUAGUUGUAUGCAGCGCAGUACCUCAGUCUUUCUUCCUAAUGUGUGUGUGUGAUUAUUUGUUGUUUAUUAGCGUUUCAAAUGUGUUGCUAACAUUUUCUCUGAAAGAGAAUGCCGAGACGAAGGUAAUUCAUUCGCUACCACGAACGCGUGGGAACAGAACAGAAAACGGUCCGUCUCUGCUAGCGCGGUAGUAUCGCGAGCGGUUGAAGAAAUGGUAAAGCAGAAUAGAAAGAGUUAGUUAGUAAAACGAGGAAUGGUAAAUUUAAUGUAGCACACCACACCACAUACACACACACAAACACUAUUUUAAUGCUAAAGCUUGCAUGCUUCUGUUGUACACAAAGGGAAGGUCCAACCGUGGAGAACCGCUAACUGAGGAAGGAACACGAGAUCGAACGACAUAAACAACGGUCCCCUUACGACACCACACGACUGCCGCUUCAUCAAAUGGUGCUUUAGGGUGGGUGAAAAGAGGCAGGGAAAGGCUGUAAAUAUAUGUGUAUAAACAAAUAUAUUAUAUUUUUACUGACGACAAAUAAAGAAAAUCCACGAGUAUAGGAAGAAAA